GCAAGCGCUCGGGACCGUGUGGGAAUGGUCGGUCCACGAACUGGGGGUUGGACCGCUCCGAGCGAAACAGAGCAAACGAGUUUUAAAUGUCCGCCAUGUUGUCCAUGGCGCACUGAACCAACGGUAGGGAGCGGAGCGUCGGAAAAAAACAGUCCGAGAGAGAGCGACCAAGAUCCGGGCCUUCCCCCGGCUCCGUUGGCGACGCCCUAAAUACAAGCUACAACCAUUCGAACGUUAGAAUAGAGACUAACCGCACAGAAACAUCCAUGAAAGCUCCACUCGGUACCGUUGUGAAUAUUAGGAGAUCGGAUAGAUUUAUAUUGCACCUCGAAUUGUGAAAAAUGAGUAAAUUGUCGUUUCGGGCACGGGCGCUGGACGCUUCCAAGCCACUACCCGUCUUCCGUUGUGAGGAUUUACCCGACCUACACGAAUAUGCAUCAAUUAACCGGGCAGUGCCGCAGAUGCCGACGGGGAUGGAGAAAGAAGAGGAAUCGGAACACCAUCUCCAGCGGGCCAUCUCGGCACAGCAGGUCUAUGGCGAGAAGCGGGACAACAUGGUCAUCCCAGUACCGGAGGCGGAGAGCAACAUCACCUAUUACGACUCCCUCUACCCUGGAGACUUCAAGAUGCCAAAGCAGCUAAUUCACAUACAGCCUUUCAGCUUGGACACAGAGCAGCCGGAUUACGACCUGGACUCAGAUGAUGAGGCCUUUGUCAACAAGCUGAAAAAGAAGAUGGAGAUCAGCUACCUGCAGUUUGAGGAAAUGAUUGACCGGCUGGAGAAAGGCAGUGGACAGCAGGCUGUGAGUCUUCCUGAGGCCAAACUGCUGCUGAAAGAGGAUGAUGAGCUCAUUAAAGAGGUCUUUGACUACUGGAGCCGCAAGAGGAAAAACAGCAAAGCCAACUCCCUCAUCCCCACCGUCAAGCAGGAGAAACGGGACGGCUCAAGCACCAGUGACCCUUACGUGGCCUUCCGACGACGCACUGAGAAGAUGCAAACUAGGAAGAACCGUAAAAACGACGAGGCCUCGUACGAGAAGAUGCUGAAGCUUCGCAGAGAUCUCAGCCGAGCCGUCACAAUCCUGGAAAUGAUCAAGAGGAGGGAGAAGAGCAAGCGAGAGCUGCUGCACCUCACACUGGAGAUUUUUGAGAAGAGAAAUGUCAUGUCAGACUUUGGUGGUGAGGUUAUGGCAGAAGUUCUGGCUGAAAGGGCACUGGUGAGGCCACAAAUCAUCCCCCUGGUCCCACUCACCAACCAGUACCGACACCAGGACCAUAUGGACCUCAAGGACUACAAGUCCAAGCCUGAGAAGACAGAAGUUCCCCGGCAGAAAAGGAAGUAUGAGAAGAAGCCGAAGGUGCUGCCACCAUCAUCAGGCACACCCCACCAUACAGGUCCGGUUGUCUUCAACGCCAAGGACCUAAACCAGUACGACUUCCCCAGCUCGGAUGAUGAGCCCUUUUCCCAGCUGCACUCAGGCUCAUCAGAAGCAGAGGAGGAGAAUGACCCAGAUGGUGCCUAUGCCUUUCGCAGGAAGGCAGGCUGCCAGUACUAUGCUGCUCGUCAAGAUCGGGUGGGUAGCUGGCCGUGGUGUGGACAAUGGGAGGGUGGUUUGGCAGAAGCUCGCUUUCGCUACAGUCUCACCACAGUCACCAUGCCACGACGAUGCCUGGGCAUGGCUCGACGGCGCGUGGGACGAGGCGGCAGGGUGUUGCUGGACAGAACAUACACAGACUUUGACAACAUUUUCCAUGGACUGGAUCCAGACAUGCUUGACCUGCCUGUUCCUCAAUCUCCUCCUCCUCCUUCUCCUACUCCUGCAACUACUUCACGCGCACCGGCCACCGACAAGUUUGCCAGUACCUCAGAAACAAAUACCUCGGAAAGAAGUUCCUCCUUCAGUUCCUCUCUUUCCCCAUCCUCCCCCACUUCCACGGACCUCAGUCAGAUACUGUUGAAUAUAAAGUCGUGCCGAUGGAGGCACUUUAGACCACGGACACUACCACUACAUGAGCUGGACAAUGCCCACCCUCUAUUCAGGAGGCUGAGCCGAAGCCUGAAGCGCCCACUCUCGGCCUCCACCACCGGAGGGCAACCCUUUGGCUCCCAACGUCCAGGGAGGGUUGUCCCUGCACCCACACCCGUUGCUGCUUUCACAGUUGAACAGUACCAGCAGCAUCAGGAGCAGCUGUCCCUGAUGCACAAACAGCAGCUGGAGCAAGUCCAGCAACAGCAAGCCAACAGCGCCACCACUGCCAACAGCACACAGCAGACCCUGGCAAAUACAUUGGACCAGACCAGUGCUCAGUUUGCCGCCUCGGCCCUCGUGACCGCCGACCAACUGCUGGCUCUGAAAACCAAGGAGGAGCUAGGACCAGGAGUCAAUGGCGUCCUCUCCCCCUCAGGUGUCUACAAGGGCUUGCACCUCUCGAGCACAGCGUCCCCGUCCCCUGCCACCCCGGCUCCUCCCACUGCUACAACGACACCUGCUUCGCUCCACCCCUGUACCACCAGCUCCACGUCUGCUACCAGUAACAACAAUGGCACCACUCACCCUGCCAACACAACUACCACUAACACCACCACUCAGGUCCUGCUGGGAAAUAACAACAACCUACGGCUGAGUGUUCCCGCCACCAAGCGCAUCCCCACACCCCGGACACUGAGCACCACCAUGUCUACAUCCGCCUUAAAGCUCGCCCACGCAGCAGCCGCCAACUGUCAGAAACCCAAGGUCACUACAGCCUCGGCCUCGCCGCUGGACAUAGUGCCCAGGGAGAAUCAUGAACAAGACAAGCCAGCACUGAACAGUCUAACGGACAACACAGUGGCCAUGGAGGUUACGUAGCCUCUC